AUGGCACUUAACUUUCAGAAACUUGAAGUGGUCAAGCUUCAAGGAGGAGAAGCUGCAGAGAAUAAAGAAGAAGGGCAAUUUGAUGAUCUCAGAAACAGUGUGCUCAGAGAAAUGUUUGCUGUUAGAAACACUGGAGACAUACGAGAGCAGCUUCAGGACAUCUUUAUCAAAACUGCUGGAUUUUUGCCAAAUGAGUUGAAGACACCUUUUAGCGGGAAAAGCUUGACUUUUAACCCAGAUGAUGGGAAUUUCGUAUUCGGGAGCCAAGAAGGACGUAUUGCCAUAUGCACUGAAAAAGAAGUGAUAAGAGAAAAAAAUGUCGGAUUCUUAGGGGGAAUCACAAGCAUUAUUUUGCAAGGUAAAUCAGAGUUUAUCAUAACAGCUUGCAAAAACGGGUCAAUUAAAAAAUUCAAUUACUCGAACUUCGAAAUCUACAACAAUUUCGUCGGCCAUGACCUUCAAGUAAAUGACAUCACCCUUUCUCCUGACGAAAGAUAUAUGUACUCAGUAAGCAAUGACAAGUCAGUCAGGAAAUGGGAUGCAACCCAAGGAAACGAUAGUUCAGUGGUUUCAAAAACACUUUACUCUCAUAAUGAUAAUGUUAUGGCAGUUGAUAUCAGUUAUAAUGGAAACUUUUUGAUUUCCUGCAGCAAAGAUGGCAAUGUAAAAGUUUAUAAUACAAGCAAAGACAAAGAAGACAUCUCAUUAGCAUUAGACGUUGGCUUAUACUCUGUAAAAUUUUCUCCAAAGCUAAAAUAUAUAGCAGCUGGAAAAACUGAUGGAAGCAUAACUCUUUGGUUUUUUGGAACUUGGGAAAUUGCAAAAGAGUUAUAUGGGCACACUAAAAAAAUCAGGGACAUGUGCUUUACUUUGAAUGAAGACACAUUAAUAUCUGGCUCACAAGAUACAACCAUAAGAGUUUGGUACCUCGAUAUCCCGAGAGAUGAGCUUGUUUUAAAUGGUCACAGUGAUACUGUGAGAUCUGUUUUGAUUAGCAAUGACCAAAACUUUAUUUACUCAUUAGGAAAAGAUUGCAGACUAUUUUCCUGGAAGAUGCCAAAAAGCGGAUACAACCGACUGCUUAAAGACCAUACCCAAACGAUUUAUAAACUUAUUUUCACCUCUACAGGGACUUUAAUUUCCAACUCAGACGAUGGAAGAGUGAUCUUAUGGGAUGUAAAAACAUAUGAAAAAAUCCAGGAGCUUCAGCACUAUGAUAGCAUGUUUGCCUUAGCCUUAACCAGAGAUGAAAAAUUCCUGAUUUCAUGCACAGACAGCCACAAGAUGAUUAUCUGGAAUUUAUCCAACUACCAAAGAGAAAGAGAGCUAGACAUAGAAGAAAACGGCUCAAUUCGAGCUUUAAUAAUAGGUGAUGGGAACACCUUAAUCACUGGAGAUGAAGCUUUUAGAAUUUCUAUAUGAGAUAUGAGCACCUAUGUCAAGAGAAAGAUAUACAGAACUCACAAAUCCGGGGUCUGGGCACUUGCGCUAUAUGAAAAGACUAAUUUGCUGUUUUCAGGAGACGAUGAAGGAAAAAUCUUAGUCCAUAAUUUGAAGCAUGAGAUAUUUAUAACUGAGCUUUCGGGACAUACAAACCGUAUUCAAUGCCUGGAAAUUUCAAGAGAUGGCUGCACAUUGAUAUCAGGCUGUAGGGACUGCUCAAUUAGAAUCUGGAAUUUAGAGAAGCAGAGCUGCAUGCAUACUAUUAUUUAUCAUGCUGGGAUUGUAAGAAACAUUUACUGUACUCUUGAUGGAGAAUAUUUUCUGGCUUGUUCAGAGGAUUGUUUGCUUUCUAUUUGAAGCAUGAAAAAUUACUCAUUUUUGACUGCAAUCAAAACAAGAAAACCCAUGAUAGCUAUGGCCAUUUCUCCAGAUGAGAACAAAAUUGCAGUGUCUGAAGAAUACGACAUUUGCCUACUUCGAAACCCCUUAAAAUCUGAUAGAAAUUUUGCAAUUUAUGGCCCAAGUGACGAAAGAUAUGCUUACUUAAAAUAUAUCAGCAAAGUCAUUAUGGGAGAUAAGGUUGAACACAACCCAGAUAUGGAUAAAUGGAUAAUCAUGCCUUAUCGUAUCAAUACUUUGCAUCUCUAUUCCUACUUCAACCUGAGCAAGCAUUUACGCUUAGGACUUGCAAAAGACGGCCCUUUCUUCCCCACCAAGACUGGCGAAACUCCUUUAUCAAUUUGCCUGGAUAAGAAAUUCGGAGACUGUAUUUCAGCAAUUUUUAAAGUUAUAGACCGAAUGGCUAGGAACAACAUGUUCGUCUUUUACUAUUUUGAGCAGUCAAUUGAAGCUCUAAACGAAAGCAGCUUUUCGUCUCUCGACAAGUUUUAUACUACUAUAUUGACUCCAGCCAAUGGGAAAAACUUCCCAAAGUUUUGCAAAGAUUCUGUAUCACUGCCGAUAGUGAUCAGAUCUGAUUUCAUUAUCCCAAACCCUGAAAACUUUAUGCUGAAUGACAACUAUACAUUAGAAGGAAAGGCAAUUAUUUUCCUUCAAACACUUGUCAAACUAAAUUUGACGCCAGGGUCGAGAGAGAGUCUCAUGUAUUUGGAAAGCUUGCAGGAAUGUACUGAUGUGGAUACAUUUGAGACUCCUCUAAUACAGAUAAUUCUGAAGGAUAAAUGAAUGAAACUUAGCUGGAUGAUUGAUAUUCAAGCUUUAGUUUAUGCGAGUUAUUUGAUAUUGAUGGCAAUAUAUACAGCUUUGUACCAGUACCAUAAUGAUUUUCUUAUUGCUCCUUUUGUGAUUAGCCAGGUAUUGUCAGUCUAUGAGUUCUAUAUCAUGAAAUUUGGAAGAGGGUAUUAUUGGAAAAGCGGCUGAAAUUAUUUUGAUAUUGCAAGAAUGACGAUGAUGGAUGCUUAUUCUAUACUUGUUUGAACAGGCUAUAGAGAGUAUAUGGAAAGCUUUUUGGCUUGUUUAAAUUUUGUGACCUGGAUGAGAGGAAUCACUUAUUUUAGAGUUUUUAAGUCAAUGAGAACCCUUGUCAACUUAGUUCAAGAAGUAUAUAAAGAUGUCGUGUAUUUCUUAUCAAUCCUGUUUUACUCCACAAUUGCUCUGGCGCUCAUUGCUUUUGUGCUUGUGCAGGAGCCUGGUGAUGAUCAUUACUUUUUCCAUGCGGUGACCCAGGCGUAUCAAACAAACCUAGGAGAUUACCCAGGAAUUGAGGAUUAUGGGAUGUAUUUCUGGCUUUAUUUCUUUAUGUUUACAGUUUUAAACCCAAUUAUCAUGCUUAAUUUGAUCAUUAACUUGAUGGGAGACACUUUUAACAGAGUAGAAGACCAAAAAAUCACUGCAGACACGUUUGAGCUCAUUAAAAUGCUGAUUGAAGCAGAAACUUUACUGUUUUGGAGGAGAAAUUAUGGGAAAAAAGAGUAUUUGCAGAUUUGUCAAGAAGAUGAGUUUUCUGAGGAAACAAGAAGUAAGAGUCUGAAGAAGAUUUAUAAGAUUAAAAAGCAGAUUCUCGAGCUGGACCAAAAGCUGAAGGACAGUCAUGCUAACCAGCAGAUAAGACUUCAAGGAAUCUUAUAUUCAUUAAAUUCUUAA